AUGUCUGAUAAAUUAAUGUUUCUAAGUGAAUUAGAAACUUUAUUAAAUGAUUCACAAAUAAACAAUGAUGAACGAUGGGAAAAAUUUUUAUUUAUUCUUCGAAAAUAUGAUCUUAUCAACCAACUUCAUAUACAAUCAGUACGUGAUUUUGAUGAAGUACAUAACAAAUUAUUAGAUUUACUGGUAUCGAAUAAUGAUAACAAUUCUCCUGCAAUUGAUUACAGUACAUUUAAAAAAUUGGAAUCAUUAAUAUUUGAUGUACGAAAAACAAUUGAAAAUCUUGUAAUGACUAAUUGUAUUAUGUGGGAAAGAUUAAAUAAUAAUGAAACUGAAACAAAUAGUUUAAAAGAAGCAGUACGUGAUUUACAAGAAAUCACAUAUGAAGCAAAUUUCAAAAAAUUAGCUUAUGCAAUUUCAACACCACUAAAAAAUGAAUUAUUAAAACAUUUUCGGUUAGCAAGAAUACGAGUUGAUCCAUUGGAUGAAGAAUUAUUAGUUGCAUUACUUGAUGGUAAUUAUCGUGCUGCACGUAUUUCAGAAGAUACAUAUAAUGAUAUUGUUCUUAUUUAUCAGAAAAUUGCUCAAGUUACUGGCAUUUUUAAUUAUAAAGAACUUGUUAAAAUUAUUGUUUGUAGACAAGCACACAAUGUAGAUCAACAUGAAAUAAUAGAUCAUUAUAUUAAUCAAUGCAAAAGAUCUCACAUGAAACCAAAUUUUUUGGAUUUAUUGAAAGAUCUUAACUUGAAUAGUUUGGCCAAAUAUAAACUAGAAGAAAUGCAAACUUUAGAAAAACUUUUUACUUUUUAUUCCGAACAUGGUGAAUAUCGUUGA